AAUAUCAAUGAACAACAUUUUAACUCGACAUGUCCAUAUUUGGUAUUGUAUAUUUUGCAGAAGUUGAGAAGCAUGAGCUAACAAUUGGUUCAAUAUGGAAACAAGUUCUCGCGGCAAUGUUUACGUGAAGACAAAUGGACGUUGGGUGAUUGCAUCCGUGGGAUAUGACCCAGACACUGACAAUGCAGUGCACGUCUUAGCGGGGAAUUCCAGGGACUCUAGGGACGAACCAAAUCGGCUUCAACAACACAUCAAUCAAAGAGCAGUGUAUGUAAAUAUUGACAACAGGACAUGGCAUCAACCUCUGCCUAUUCUGAGAAAUAUUCAAGGCAUUGGGCGACAGAGAAAAACUAAUGAGAGCAUAAGCAGUGUUCUGCAGAAACUAAACUUUGAAGAAUAUGCUCUACAGUUCAGAGAAUUUGCCUACUGUUGUGAGUUUUACAGACUACUUGUGAAGCAUAAACUCCACAGAAUCAGUGGGACUGUACAGAAACACGUAUUUGGUAUUCUGGAGCAAAUGACAAACACUGCCAUAUCAAUGGAACUGUUUAUACCGCCACUGAAACACACCCUUAAGGAAGUGUUGGACUGUAUGAAUGAUAAUGAACAUGCGAUGAUAGGAAGUAAAGCUUUGAGGAGGAAACAUCAUGAUCUCAUCAGCAACUGUCUGGUCAGGAUAUCAAGGUUCCAGUAUACACAGAGAGAAGAUGAUGGAAACCUCUGUCUCCUUGAUUUACCCAAGGAGUGCCUCAUCAGCAUAAUGAAGAAACUGGAUCGACCCCGGGACAUUAUUAAUGUGGCCUUGACCUGUUCGACCCUGGAGGUCAUUGCUAUGGAUAAUGCAGUUUGGGAAUCAAUGUGUCUCUACCACUUCAAUGACAAGGCCAUGAGUGAUUAUAUCAGCCAUAUUGAGUACUACAGUGUGGACUGGCUGGAUGUCUUCAAAUUUUGCAGCAAGAAAUUGAAAGUUUUGAAGAGGAUUUAUGGAGAUGAGCUUGUGGUGUGUGACAACUGUAGAGGAGUGUUUUGGAGGGUGGUCGGCCAUGACUGUUUAAACAAGGAAGGAAUUCCAUCAAACACCCUCCUGACUCCGUCCGAUUUUCUAGAUCUGCUAAAUCUAUAGCUAUAUGUGUGAUACUUACAUAAAGACUAACACCUGAGGAGGUGACAGGUGUAUACAUAUCUCCUUGAAACUUUAAAUAUGGCAACACUGACUAUGGUAACUUAUUUUUUAUUCAUUUUGAUUUUGCUGUAUUUUUGCUUCUAUGGUCUUUGCCUUGAAUGAUGUUAUUAAUAUAUAGACACUUUUGAUAGAAUAAUUUUUGCAUUUGUAUUGAAUUUUUAAGUUCACAUAGUGAACACAUUUUUGUCAUUUUUAGACGGUGGCUAUUUAUAGCCACAGGCUAUUGCUGCUGGUCUGGGCUAUGAAUAAACAACAGUGUAAAAACACGGGGACCCUAGCGGCGAUUUUUGCAGAGACAAAAUAAUGAAAGUGGAGUCGUUUCGAUGUUCGAAAAUAAAAUGUACAUGGUUCUCAAGUUAUUUCAAUGACAUUUUGUUGAUGGGCGCAAAGUUUAAUUCCUGAUAUUUCCCGUUUUAAUAUUUCUCGCCUCAUGAAUAUUCAUUAAACUACACCGACUUAAUGUUAAUUCGUACAAAAACUGAUUCGUAUAUAAGGAGUCAAUUCGUAUGCAAACCACAAAAGUCAAUUCAUACAUAAAGUUUGUUGAGUAUGAAACAAAUCCAAAAAGUUAGUUCGUAUACACGUCCUUUUUUACGUUGUGUAAAUGUAAAAUUUCAAUAAAAUUUAUUAAAAGUAAAAAAAAAAUCUGGGGGAAAAAUAUUUACGGAUAAUAGUUUCACAUUACACCUUACCAUCUUAGGAAAUAAAAUAAUUAUUGUUAAACCAACACACUCUCGGUGGUUUCUUCGCUGUUGGAUGUGUGACAAACACUUAUUAUAUGAGAUGUUCCCAAUUUGGUAUUCCCUAAUUACGAGAUACUCCAUGCUUGGAAAGCGUCAAUCCCCAAAUUUCUCCAUUUCCGACAAGCUAUUCCUUGUUGCAGAACUGCGUGUUUUAUUUGAGACGUUUUGUGAAAUUUUUAUACAACGAUACUUAUACAGUUUAUUGAAAUUUUACGGUGUCUUUUGAUGAAUGGAAUUUCUAGUAUCUGUUGAUGAUACUAUAUUAGAAAAAGAUAUAUUUUCGGAAUGGAAAAAAAUCACGUCCUCUUAAAGUUUACAUAAAAGAGAGUUGUUGAAGGCAGAUACGAUGCCAUUUUGCAAAGUUAAUUUCGGUUCUAUCUAAAAACAAAAGUCAUUGCCUAAUUAUCUCGGACACAAAAACUACUGAAAGGAUGUUAAUUUAUCAAAGUUAUAAUUAUAAGACUGUGACGAACAAAAGUUACCGAUAUAUUUCAUUCGUAUUUGAAAAUUCUAUCGUGACUCGAAUAAAAUUUACCCUUUAAAAAGUGUUAGAAAAAACUACACAAAUGCAUGUACAUGAAAUAUUAGGAUUUUCUUGCGAAUUCAGUUGAUUUAAUUUAGGUCAGUCUUCUCCUACAUGUGUUUUCAAAACUUCGUAUUACGCAAUAACUAGCGGGGUCAGUGCAAUAG